AUGACUUCAACUUUAGCUAAUCAGAUACCUUCCAUCAGUACUAUGCUUAGCAAUAACAAGAAUAAUACCACCAACUCAACCAACGACAAUAAUAACACUAACAACAUGAACAUGAACAAUCAAAAUAAUUCAUCCCAAUCACCUAUCAUUCAUCAGCAUUUACAUCAACCAAUGGAUAGUCUAUCUCCAAAUGAUCCUCCAAGAAAAAGAACCAAAGUAUCACGUGCUUGUGACCCAUGUAGGAGAAAGAAAAUCAAAUGUAAUGCUGAAUAUCUGGAAGUUGAAAAAAGAGUAACUAAAAUUUGUACUAAUUGUUCCAAAAAUAAAGAAAUAUGUACGUUUCAAAGAACUCCUUUGAAAAGAGGUCCAUCAAAGGGGUAUAUACGAGAUUUGGAAGAAAAAAUUAUCGAUAAACAUCAAUCAAGACAAAGAUCUGAUUCUUCCGGGUCUACUUCAACUACCGCUACCAUUGUUCAACCACCUCAACAGCAACAACAACAACAACAACAACAGAUUCCACAAGCUCAACUUCAACCAGGUAUUUCUCCAAAUAUAGCAAUUAUCCCACCAGGUACUAUUCCUUCAAGACAAACAUUACCAUUUCCUCAAUCUACGGCUAGCGGGUCUGGUCCAACUCCUCAAAAUCAACCAUCAAAUUCAACGAUAAAAUUACCUCCAAUUAUAAACUAUCAUGGUAAAAAUGUUCCAUCUCCUUUAAUAUCGAAAUUUCAUCAAGUUGAACCUUCAAAUCCCUCAAGUCCAAAAUCUCAAUCAGCAAAUAUACCAGGGAUUUUGAAUAGCACUGUUAGUAACAACAACAACAACAACAACAGUAAUCCAUCAAGUAGUAAUACUACCAAUAAUGAGAAUACAAACAGCCCUCCAAUUCAAGGUCCUUUCUGGAAAGUACCUUAUGAAAUGCCACAAUCUUCAAUGUCAAGAAGAUCGUCUAUAUCAAGUGUAACAAGUGGUGGACCUCCAUUAAUCCAUAGAAGAUCUUCUGUAGAAUCUGUUUCAUCAAUUUCAACUAAUGGGUCUAGACUUCCAUCCAUCAAACCGACUAUAUCAAACGAUAAUAAUUACACCAGUGAUGCUGAUUCAGAAGAUUUCUAUUCUGUUAAUUCAUUCCGCGGGGGUAAUAUUCAUAGAAAUUCUCAAUCUUUAUCACCUAGAAAUUCAAUCAGUUCAUUAUCAAGUUUAAAUGGUAGAUUAAAUAAAACAUUAAAUUUCCAAACUAAUACUGCUGGUCCAACAUCACCAAUGGUUGGUUCUCCUUCAGUACAACAACUUCAACAAAAUCAAAUUUCAUUUUCACCAACCCAAGCCCCUGUGUUUGGAGGAAAUGGAGUAACAUCACCAACAGGUGCAACGUUGGAGAAUAAUGUUAAAAUUUAUUAUACAAAUUUUCAUCCAGCAUUCCCAUUAUUACCUUAUGACAGUCUGUUUUUAAUGUCAAUUAUUCAUGAUAAUAGACAACCACCAUCUGAAUGGAUUGUUGAAAUAUUCCACCAUUGUCUUGCAAAUUUGAUUAAUUUUAAGAGUUCUGGAAUUAUUACUUCAGUUAAUUUGUUUCUCAGAGCAAUUCAAUCCUAUCCAUUUACAACAAACAUCAAUGAUAAUUCAUUGAUAUUAUUUUUGAGUAGUUUAAUGCUUUUGAAUUAUACAGUUUUGAUAAAUGGAGAUCAAUAUAGUCAAGGAAUUGCAAUUACUUGUUCAAUUUUUAAUGAUUAUAAGAUUUGUGAACGAUUUGUUGAUUAUUGCAAGAAACCAACUAGUCAUGGUAUUGAUCAUAUUGCCAUAUAUUUUACUAAAUUAUACUAUUGUUUGAAUUUAAUUGAUGAUAUGAAUUGUUUAUCAUUGGGAACAUUAAAGAAUAUAAAUAAUCCAAUGAUUAUUAAAUUUUUAAAUGAUAAUAAAGAGAAAUUCUUGAAAGCUGAUGAUAAUUCCAUUUUGGCCAAUUCAGAAAUGAUUAAUAAAUUAAGUUUAGUUAAAAUUGAAUAUUUAUUAACUGAUGAAUUAAAUUUUGAUCAAAUUGGAUUUGAUAAAAAUACUAGUGAUCAAUUUAUGAAGUAUUUUUAUGAAUUAAUUGAAGGCAAAUAUGAUUUUUUCAAAUUUAUGAUUUAUUUCACAAGAGAUUUCAAGUCUAGUAAUUCUGAUGAUAAAUUGAACAAGUUUAAUAAAGAAUUGAUUGAAAAAGUGAAUAAAAUUACUGGAUUAAUAUUAAAUUUUGCAAAUUUUAUAAGUGGACAUUUUCAUAAUUCCAAUAAUGUUAUAAUUAUUAGUCCAAUUUUGAAUUUAUCAUUAAUUCAAUUGAUUAAAUUAAUUAAAAUUAAUAAAAUUAUAAUUGAUGGAAUUUUCACCAAUGAGAAUGAUCAUGAUAAUGAAUUAUUAAAUAAAUUAAAUAAUGAUUUAUCAAUUAGUUUUAAUUUAUUGAAUUUAAAUUUAUCAAAUUUAAAAUUUGGAAAUUCAAUUGAAUUAAUAUUAAAGAAUAAAAUUACUCAUUUUUAUAAAUUUAAUUUUAAUGGAUUUUCUAAAAACACUACAAAGGGUAAAGAAUUUUGGAUUAAUGAAAUUUAUGACGUUUUAUUACCUUUAAUAAUUCAAGAUUUUAAAGAUGGUUGGAUAUAA